CCCGCAAGACAAAAGAAAAUUAUUGGGGUGUCAGCAUCUAUUUUAAAAUUGCAAUGUAACAUAGUUUGCAUGAUGCAUAGUUUGUAUGAUGCACAAAUAGAAACCGCCAGGAAGGAUUUGCAUGUGUGGCUGAGGUUAGGUUAUGACGGUCUUAAUAAGGCUGCAACAAUGUCCAGACACCAACAGCUCUAACUCUUUGUUGCGGCCUUCGAAUUUCUGCAAUUUGGGCCUGAAAGUCAGAAAACGCUCUUGCAACAAGACGAGCAGGGGAGAGGCGUAUUAUCUCUACGGUGCGAAGUCUGUAUGUUCCGCCGAGCCGGUCGUUUGUUUCCGGGUUGAUUCCUGUCCCCGCCUCUCUGGGAAGUGUUGGUUUUGAAGGAAGAUCAUGGCGUGCUUUCUGGAACAGCACGUGGGGAACCGAUCCCCUGAUGUGGAGCUAGACGCGGGGGCCAAGCUGUGCGGUCAGGCUGCGGCCGGAGGGGAGGCCUUUUAGCAGGACAGACAGCGCUGGCUGGAGAGAGGCGGGCGGUCUGGAUGUGGGCAGCUUCACCGCAAGCUGGAAGGAGGGCAGCGGCAUAGAAGGCUCUUAAGGGGAGGUGCAAUUUAGGAAAGGCAGGCUCUCGCUUCUCGGAGGGUGGAAAGCGUUUCUUAAGGAGAAAAAAGGGCUUUCCACGGGGCGGCAGUCGGGGCACUGAGGAGACCGCAUUGUAGGGUCGUAGAGCGAGGAGGUCCCAGGGUGAUCCCAUGAAGGAGCUAAGAGGAGGGACGUUGCAGACACGGGUAAAAUGUUCUCUGUGACGUCACGGGUUCUCUUGCGUCACCGGUGCCUUCCACGUAAGUGGAUGCUUGUUGGGAGCGCUCCUUGUAAGCACUACAAAAAGGAAAAGCUUCCGCCCGUGCAGGACCCGAUUCCUCCUGCCUCGGUCACGGAGAUCCGGCAGUACCUCAAAACGCAGAAAAUCCCAUUUCACGAUGGCUACAGUUGCAUUCAUGUGCCCAGUAUUUUUGUGAAGGAUAAACAGCAGCUUCGCCAUAAUUACAGCCUCUUUAUUGAUAAGACUACCGGUCAGUUUAUCUGCACGGCCACACUGGUCGAAGGGAAUUGGCAAGAUUUCCAGGCUAAUGUAGAGCUGCAGGAUAAAGGGCUAACUUUAAGUGAUAGGCACAGUAUUAAUGAGCAAAAUGACCAAAGUGGGGAGGAUGCUAGGCAUAUAUGGGACCGAGCUUUGCCUCUUUGGGAAUUGCUGGAUGAACAGGAGACAAAGGAAGUCAAGGCUAUGUUUGGCAUUUCCAGUGUGUCAAAUAUCACCCUCAAACACUUUGGGGUGCGUUUUCUUCGGACCGCUCAAGCAUUGGUCUUCCCAUGGUUCAGUCCUUCUGGCACCAGCUUGAAGGGAUUAAAACUUCUCAGAGCUGAGCACCAAGGAGAUAGAGUACACCAUGUAGAGAAUAUGUUGCCUCGUCCGAAUGUCUAUCACAAUCUCUUUGGUUUGCCUCUGAUCAGUCGGCGUGAUACAGAAGUGGUAUUGACUGGCCGAGAGUUGGAUGCUUUGGUGUUGCAUCAAGUCACUGGUUUACCCACCCUGGCUUUGCCUCGUGGGAUUUCUUGUCUCCCCCCAGCCUUACUUCCCUACUUAGAACAGUUUAAAAGGAUUACUUUAUGGUUAGGAGAGGAUCUCCGAUCCUGGGAAUCUGCUAAACAUUUUGCACGUAAGCUAAAUCCUAAGCGUUGUUAUUUGGUGCGACCAAGUGACCAGCAGCGUCGACCUUUAGAAGCUUUUAGCAAUGGUAUGAAUCUUACCAAGAUUCUACGCUCAGCUCUACCAGCUGGCCACAAGUCUAUAAUUUCAUUUUGUCAACUGCGAGAAGAGGUGUAUGGGGAGCUGGUCAAUGUAGAUCAAGUGGCCGGAGUCAAAUGGGCUCGUUUCCCAGAACUGAGCAAACUUCUCAAAGGCCACCGCAAAGGAGAGCUCACUGUUUUCACAGGUCCAACAGGCAGUGGGAAGACCACUUUCAUAAGUGAAUAUGCCCUGGAUCUCUGCAUGCAAGGGGUUAAUACAUUAUGGGGCAGCUUUGAGAUCCACAAUGUACGUUUGGCCAAGAUCAUGCUUACUCAAUUUGCCAUGGAAAAACUGGAUGAGCAACUGGAAAAAUAUGAUGAGUGGGCAGACAAAUUUGAGGAUCUUCCACUUCACUUCAUGAUCUUCUACGGACAACAGAACAUCAAGACAGUAAUUGAUACCAUGCUCCAUGCUGUGUACAUGUAUGAUAUUACUCAUGUUGUCAUUGAUAAUCUCCAGUUUAUGAUGGGCCAGGAGCAACUCAGUAUAGACCGGCUUGCCCUCCAAGACUACAUUGUGGGUACCUUCCGAAAAUUUGCUACAGACAACAACUGCCAUGUAACUCUGAUCAUUCAUCCCCGGAAGGAAGAUGAAGAAAGAGAGCUGCAAACAUCUUCCAUUUUUGGAUCUGCAAAGGCCAGCCAGGAGGCUGACAAUGUGUUGAUCCUGCAGGAUAGGAAAUUAACCUCAGGACCAGGCAGGCGCUACCUACAGGUCUCCAAGAAUCGCUUUGAUGGAGAUGUGGGAAUUUUCCCCAUGGAAUUCAACAAAACUUGCCUUACAUUCUCUAACCCUGUCAAAAGCAAAACUAGGGUAAAGAAAGUAAAAGAAGAUAAUGAUGAACCGCUACAAAAACCUGUAGCAGCUGUUGAAGUUCCAAAGAAGCAACGCUCCCAGAAACAAUCCAAUAAGAGCACAAAACCUGCCUUAAAUGUAUCACCUGAUGAACCCAACAAGCCAUAAGGACUUGAAUUUUAUUCAGGAAGGAUUCACAACCAGCAGGAUCACUAUGGUUCAUUUGAUUAUAGGAAUAAUCGGUCUAAUCCUAAAGGCAUCGGUCAAGUUCUUUUUGCACAGUUGCAGCUUUGUUUCAUUGGAACCAAUUGCAGGAGAGAUCUGGGAGCAGUAGCAGGAUUUAUAGCACUGUUUAUUAUUAAGAAAUAAUCUGAAAAGAAACUUGGAUUGUUUCCCCAGGCUAUCCAGAAUAGAGAGCAGAUCUAGUGAGUACAGCAGAACACUGUAUGUUCAGCUGCACAUAAAGUGGGGUAUGUGCAAGGAAAAGUUGUGUUUGUGUUAGAGAUACAUAAUGUCUACUUGCAACAAGGAAUGAAUAAUAUAGUUGCAGGGAACACUGGUGUAUGUAAGUUGUCUUCUGCAGUUCCUAUAUGUACAUGGGGAUGCAGUCAAGGCUCCCUACAAGCUAGCGUGAUAAAUCAUGGUGUGGAAUCUCAAAUGCUAAUUGGAUCCUCUAGUACUCUACACAAUGACGGGUGGAUAGAUUAAAAUUUCCUGAUCCGGAGAACUGAGUGAUAAAAUUAGAAAGCUUAAAAGGGAGAUGCACAUGCCCAUGUACCUGUAAGGGGGCUAUGGAAAAAUCAUUAAGAAAAGUAAUGCAGUUUUAUUCAAAAAGCAUUUCUAUACUUUUAAUGAUUUCCACGUUGAUUUUAGUUAACAUUUUAUAUCAAUUAUCCUGGCUUUAUUUCCUGACCCAGCCUUCAGUGGUUUGCAGUAAGAAAUUUAUAUUCAGUGUACUUCCUGCUUAGGAAAAUUUGUAUUGAAAAAGAGACUUAGGGUGUUUUGUUUCCAUUGUACACGAAAAAAAAGGAAAACAUUGUUUUUUUAAAUGAUAAAUGAGCAGGAUGAAAGACUUUAAUAGGAAAAUAAAGAGUCUUAUUCUGUCAAA